UGGCAGUUAUAGACCAAUAAAAAUUCGCCACGUUCACUUCCCAAAAACAAUUCAUUUCUCAGGCGGUUAUAAACGUGGAAACAAUUCAUUCUUAAAUUCUCUCUCGAACUAGUUCUCACGGACCUCCAUUCCUGCUAUCUCUUCAAGCUUUGCCAGUCUGAUCUUCAUGAAUUCAAGGAGCACUGUUGCAUCCACUAUUUCCUGUAAAUCGGGAAAUAAGAACACUUUCUUCUUCUGGAUUUUGGUUUGCUUGUUCCCAAGAUUCCUUGGAAUUCCCAUCACAUACGUGAAUUUCCUGUUGUUUAAGGCCAUUGUCAGGUGUCCUAAAUCAUCAGUUCGCUUCUUGGAGUCUUCCAGGGAUAUCCAUCUAUUGUAGUGAAGAACUUUAAAAAUCCAUUUACUGCAUUCCCCCCUCAUUUGAUAUUUAGCAAAAUGGUUUCCUCUCAGUUCUCUAAUUUGACUGGGGCCCCCACACAAAAAUCAUUCAAGAGGCAGGUGUUUCUACCAGUUGGACCGCCUGAUGUUCUUUUAGUGGAUCAUGUCGAGUUGGACUUUGAUGAUGUGUUUGGUCCUGCACCAGCUCAAACACUUGAAGAUAUGAGUUCUGAGAAUUCCAGAAAUUUGCCUGCUGCAUGUGAAAAUGAAUUAUUAUAUGAUGACGCUGCAGUAAUUUACAGCCGAUCCCAGUCGUUGGUGGGCCCCACAACCUAUGUUAGUAAAUCGUUGAAGCAUAGCAAGCUCACUUUACGUGAGACGGGGGAUUCGCUGGAACUUGUGGAGGGAACCAGCGAAGGUGCACUGGAAGCUCAGGAAGCUGCUUUAGACAGUGCCUUUGAAAAAUUUGUUGUUCAUGUUGAUAGUAAUUCUCUGAAGUGCGAGAGGGUAGGGCUUGAAGAUUUUGAAGUUUUGAAGGUUGUGGGCCAAGGUGCAUUUGCAAAAGUGUAUCAAGUGAGGAAGCGAGGUUCUUCAGAAAUAUUUGCAAUGAAGGUCAUGCGCAAGGAUAAGAUUAUGGACAAAAACCAUGCGGAAUAUAUGAAAGCUGAGAGGGAUAUUUUAACAACAGUCGAUCAUCCUUUCAUCGUGCAGCUCAGAUACUCAUUCCAAACCAAAUAUAGACUAUACCUCGUGCUUGACUUUGUCAAUGGCGGUCACCUUUUCUUUCAACUGUAUCGCCAAGGGCUAUUUAGGGAGGAUUUGGCACGGAUAUACGCCGCUGAGAUGGUUUCCGCUGUUGCUCAUCUCCAUGCAAAUGGCAUAAUGCACCGGGAUCUCAAACCUGAAAAUAUUCUUUUGGAUGCAGAUGGACAUGCAAUGUUGACUGAUUUUGGCCUGGCAAAGCAAUUUGUUGAGGAUACAAGAUCCAACUCUUUGUGUGGAACUUUAGAAUAUAUGUCGCCGGAAAUUGUUCUUGGGAAAGGUCAUGAUAAGGCUGCAGAUUGGUGGAGUGUAGGAAUUCUACUGUAUGAGAUGCUUACUGGAAAGGCACCUUUCACUGGUGGGAAUCGGCAGAAAAUCCAGCAGAAGAUUAUAAAGGACAAGAUCAAGCUGCCAACAUUUUUGUCAAGUGAAGCACAUUCAUUACUGAGAGGAUUACUGCAGAAAGAAGCGAGCAAGCGCCUUGGCUCUGGACCUGGUGGAAGUGAGGAGAUAAAAGGCCACAAGUGGUUCAGAUCGAUCAACUGGAAGAAACUGGAUGCUCGGGAGAUUCAGCCGAGCUUUCUCCCAGAAGUUGCUGGAAAACAAUGCAUUGCCAACUUUGAGGAGUGCUGGACCAACAUGCCGCUGCUGGAUUCUCCGGCUGCUAGUCCAAAAUGUAGUGACAACCCCUUCAAGGGGUUCACUUAUGUAAGGCCUGCAGCUCCUUUUCUGCAGAGGAAUGAUUCAUAUAACUAAACACCUUGGCUGAUGGAUCACAAGGUUUAGACAUUUGCACCCAGUAAUUGGUUUUGCCCAGUUCAGCAAAUCCAUAUUGAAUUUUGUAAUUUCUUAGGUCAGGUCAUGCUAAAGAUUGUAUUGAGGAAUGAUUUCUUUCCAAUCAGGAUCCUUUAAGUUACUAACUUGUAACUUAAAUAUUUAAAUACAAUCUUUUUAAUAUCCCUCUUCUUAAAUGAUAAUCUCUUUGAUGUUUCCUUUUCUUUA